GCUCUGAACCGGAGCUUCUCAGUGACUUGAUUCUCCACUCCCGAGGUCGCUGUCGAGCUCUGAAACACAGUUAAACAACAACAAAACAGAAAAACGAAAAUUUACAACCAAACUUUACUUCGUUCUUCUUCUCUCUCUUUGUCUCUGUCUUCCUUGUUUCUAUCCAUCGCUUUCGAUCCUCCGGGCUUAUUUAUAAGAACAGUGCUGUUUUAGCUUGUAUUUGAAUCCGGAGAAAACAGCUAGCUGGGUUCAGUGUGGAUGCGAGUAGUAGUUGAGUUGUGUGAGAUCAAAUGGAUCCGCCGGUGUCGCUGGUGAAUGAAUGCUCGUACUCAAACGGCAAUGCGGGGUCGUAUAAUCUGUCGGAGAUCUGGCAGUUUCCGAUGAAUGGCGGCGCCGCCGGGAUGGAGGAUAAUGGAGGGGGAUUGGGUCUGCGGAGGCCGAGUUUCGGGCAGGGCUUCGGGCAGUUUGGGGAUGUUACGGGCGCGAUAAGGGAUGUUUUGGGCGGCGGUGGUGAUCCGAAUCCGAUGAGUUUGGAGCAGAGAACGAGGAAGAGGCGUGAGUCGGAGGAUGAGUCGCCGAAAAGCAGCGGCAACAUUGGCGCGAAUGAUUGUGAUGGCAAAAGGAUUAAAACAGCGGGAAGAUGUGGAGAUGAGAAUGUUGAGGCCAAAGCUGAGGUAGAAACGAGUUCAGGGAAGCCCGUGGAGCAGAAAACUCAGCCGCCGGAUCCGCCUAAGCAGGACUACAUCCAUGUACGAGCGAGAAGGGGUCAAGCUACUGAUAGUCAUAGUCUCGCAGAAAGAGCUAGAAGAGAAAAGAUUAGUGAAAGGAUGAAAAUUCUCCAAGAUCUGGUCCCUGGUUGUAAUAAGGUUAUCGGGAAAGCACUGGUGCUUGAUGAGAUAAUCAAUUAUAUCCAAUCAUUGCAGCGUCAGGUGGAGUUCCUGUCUAUGAAGCUUGAAGCAGUGAAUACAAGAAUGAUUCCAGCCAUUGAUGUGUUUCCAACUAAAGAAUUCAAAUUGUCAUCUCAGUUCGGUCAACAAACAUUCGACACUGCUGCAAUGGCAUUUGGUACACAGCCUCCAAGGGAAUAUAGCCGGGGAUCUUCACCAGAAUGGUUGCAUAUGCAAGUUGGAGGUGGUUUUGGAAGAACAACAUAGCCUCGAAUGAUCCUCUUCAAUUGGGAAUAAAAUUAUCAAGGCAAUUCAUUCUACUUUAGUAGCUGUCAAAGAAAGUAUACCACGAUAUGUCAAAUCAAAGCAAGACCUUAUUCUCAUUUUCUACAUCAAGCAUGGAGUUAUAUCUCUGGAUCUGCUUAAGUUGGUAACUACGCUUCUCCAUUACUUUGUGUUGGAAAAUGAACUGUUAACUUCAUAUAUAUACACAUUCUUCUCCAUAUAAUACCCAAACAAGCACAUGGAAUGAGUAAUGUUGCUUGUGCUAUAUCUCUGACGCUCAUAUCUUGUGUAGACAUCGUUUUAACAUUGAUUGGUUGAACUACGUUAAAUAAAGUAUCCUUUGC